UCUCCAUGCAGCACCCCCCACCUCCUCGCCUCCCACACAUCGCUCCCGCGCAUUCCCACCGCCCGCCUCCCUCCCUCCAUCUGCCGCCGAGGAGUUCCCCGAUCGCGCGCGCGCGUAGCGUAGCGUAGCCUAGGCGGCGGCGGCCGGGGCCGGAGGGGGGGACAUGGCGCCGCAGAAGAGGACGACGCUGGUCUACAGCUUCGUGGCGCGCGGCGCCGUCGUGCUGGCCGACCACGCCGAGGUCUCCGGCAACUUCGCCUCCGUCGCCGCGCAGUGCCUCCAGAAGCUCCCCUCCACCAACAACCGCCACAGCUACAACUGCGACGGCCACACCUUCAACUACCAUGUCCACGACGGAUUCACAUACUGUGUUGUUGCUACCGAGUCUGCUGGUCGGCAACUUCCAGUUGGCUUCAUUGAGAGAGUAAAGGAAGAUUUUUCCAAGAAAUAUAGUGGAGGAAAAGCAAAGAAUGCUACCGCGAAUAGCCUCAAGCGAGAAUAUGGGCCUAAACUUAAAGAACACAUGAAGUACUGUGAUGCGCACCCUGAGGAGAUUGACAAGCUUGCCAAAGUGAAGGCUCAGGUUACAGAGGUCAAAGGAGUUAUGAUGCAAAACAUUGAAAAGGUUUUAGAUCGUGGUGAGAAAAUUGAGCUGCUUGUCGACAAGACAGAGGAUCUCCGCUCACAGGCACAAGACUUUAGAAAAGCGGGAACAAAGAUUCGGCGAAAGAUGUGGUGGGAGAAUAUGAAGAUGAAGCUCAUUGUUUUCGGCAUUGUAGUUGCAUUGAUCCUCGUCAUCAUCUUGACGGUUUGCCGUGACUUGAACUGCUGGUAACACACAACACAUAUACGGCUCACCUCACCUAAUAUUUGCUAUAGCCUUCAGUUCUGAUAAUGCUGAAGAAAGGGCACACAUAAAAAAGGAGAAAGGGCGUGUUAGAGGGUUAUUGUUUUGAAACAAAACUGUCACAUAGGGAGUGCGAAAUCACCAUGAAUCUAUCAGCUUGAUUGAUGGUGUUGCUAGCUCAUCAACUUUUAUUUAGUUAUUUCUGGACCCAAAGGCUCACAAUAUAUAAUAGAGCCCUCUCCUGUGCUUGUACAGGGAUGUCCAUAUUCUUUCUACAAUGUAAUAUUACUAGUAUUCUUGUAAUUCAGAAGAGGUAAUUUUGCAUGUUUGCUUCAAUAUAUUUCGUACAGAGCUAAUUGUCCAGGCC